ACCCGACUACCUACUUGUCUAGCACGGCCAUUCAUCAUGACUGACCAGCUCCACAGCUCUUCAAUACAACACAUACGCAUGCCCUCACUGCGAUGGCCACGACCUGCAUGAACAAAAGCGCCUAUUAUUGCACAAGGAAACCUUCGUACCCAAUAACCAGCAACAUUCCCACGUCCCGAUCAUAGCGAACCUGUGUACUGCGGAGCUCCCCACGGUGCGCCACCAGCCUGCCAUGGACGACCUCAAGGAGCAAGUAGAGCUCCUCGAGAGCAAUGCAAAUCUUGCCAAUACCAUCGACGAUGUUCAGAGAGCGAUUGACAUGCUUGUUGCUGCCAGGGCCAAGAUUUCCAGAGACCCUCAGCUAGCACCUAUGACACUCGCAAAACUGCAAUCCCCCUUCAAAGAUGUCAUGAAGAAGGCUCAUGAAAAUCUUGGGCCAGCAAACAAAGCCUUGAACAAGUAUGGCAAAGCCCUGGACAAGAAAUUCAAGGACAAACCCCUCCCAACCGCCGAGAACGAUGCCCUGUCUUCACACCCUUCUCUCAUCAACCGCGCAAUAGCCAUGCAUCUCCUCCGCGAAGGCCAAUUCAACGUGGCAGCCACUUUCAUCGAGGAAGCCAGGCAGCAUCCACCGCACCCUGAACCCACCGCGGGAACGCCCAAUCCAUAUCUCUCCGAAUCAUGGGAAAAGGAUAUAGCUAAUGGAACAUUCAACUCGACAAAGCUGCAAGAACAGUUUGCCGAGAUGUAUAAUAUCUUACACGAGCUGCGGACGAACCGAAACCUGUCGCCCGCGAUCGAAUGGGCAAGAACACGAACAGAGGUGCUCGAGGCUAGAGGUAGCAACCUAGAAUUUGAACUCUGUCGGUUACAGUUCAUCUGCUUGUUCGUCGGUCAAGACAUGGAGGGAUUCCCUACUUCAGAUAAUCCCACAGAUGGACCGCUUCGGGCUUGGGCAUAUGCAAGAAGCGAGUUCGGCCCCUUUCAAAAACGAUAUGCGAGGGAAGUACAAUCAAUGAUGGGAGCCAUGGCCUUCGCACCCAACAUAGCCGAUUCGCCAUAUCGACGGCACUUUUACAAUGAUUCUGCGUGGGAAGAGGUUGCCUCCUCAUUCACCAAGGAAUUUUGCUCUUUGCUGGGUCUAUCAUCGGAUUCUCCACUAUAUAUCGCGACAACUGCUGGUGCGAUAGCCCUACCAACGCUUCUCAAACUACAAAACAUCAUGAAAGAAAAACGAACGGAAUGGACAACUCAGAAUGAGCUUCCUGUCGAAAUACCCCUCCCACCAUCCUAUCACUUUCACUCCAUCUUCGUUUGUCCUGUUUCAAAGGAACAAUCCACCGACGAGAAUCCCCCUAUGAUGAUGCCGUGCGGCCACGUCAUUGCGCAAGAAUCCCUCGAGAAGAUCAGCAAAGGCACGAGAUUCAAGUGCCCCUACUGUCCCAACGAAUCCCAUUCCAGAGACGCCAAGAAAGUGUACCUAUGAAAUCUUACCUACCCCCUUCCCCUCUCGUCCACACCUUAUCAUCAUAGCCACUCCGAAGUAGGAGUGAGAGAAGGAGUGACGUAGAGAAUCUUACACGCAUUUCGGAAACAUGGCGUUCGUUUGUUGUUUUCUCACGAUUACCACCCCUCGGCAUCUCCUCUUAACUAUUGUUCAACCCGACUACGGUACGGAGUAAGCGGGCGUUACUCGGACGGGCGCGCGUCCAACUCUUUCUUUUAUCUCUCCUAUGAUUAUGCCUAUAACCCCUCCUCCUUUUCGGAUAGUCCAAUGAGAUAAUUAUAUAGAUAUAAAUUAUAUCCACUAAGCAAGCUAUCAAAUCCAACAAAG